UCCGGCUCUGCCAUAGAGUUGUAUUGAGGGGGCGUGUCAGCUGCCACUUUGUGCGGUAGUCACCAUGCCCCCUUCCCAAGGGCUGCCAAGGCCCCGUACAGGAGAUCACUGAGGCCCCAGCGGUCGGACCCCCCGCGAUCUGAAACUUAUCCUUAGGAUAGGGGAUACGUUUUUCAGCACUGGAUAUCUCCUUUAAUCUUAGCAGUGCCCUACAUUUAAGGCAUAUGUCCUUAAGGGGUUAAAAAUGCACUAAAAAUGUCCAGAAAACCAAGACUGACAAGCCUGAUAUUCACCUUUAUCAGCCUGCUGUUAAUAAACAUAAAAAAACAAGAAAAUCAAUAUGAAGAAUAUUAGAAUAUUAGAAUAUAAGAUUUUUUGUGAUUCUGGGAUGUCCUUUACCCAGCGCUUCUCAAACUGUGAGGCGCCCCCUAGCUGUUGGUGAGGUGCAGCUGGGGAGGCAGUUUUCAUAAAGGUGACUAUACACUGAACAGUUCUUGUGUAACUUUAUUGGCUCAUUUUACACUUCAUUUAAUGUCAGACUUUAGGAGGUAAAUGAGAGGUGGGCUGAGUAAUAUUCUUCAUUUCUUCAUGGACGUCCACCACCGAUGCUGCGGCUCAGGUAUAAGAUAUAUAGAUCUCUGCUCUGUUGGGUGAAACCCCAGUAGAAAAGACUGAGAACUCUAGAACACUAUUCUGGCUGAUAUUACUGAGCACAACUUUCCACUCCACAUUAUAUUUCUGUCCAAUGUGGAAAAGUCCUCUGUCCAUUCAUGGUAUUGGAGAUAUUGUGCAGCUGGAAGGAAGCAACAUGGCCGCCAGGCUGUGGUGAUGUCACAUUCUAUAUGACAUCACAAUGUAUCAGAGUCUAUGACACCCCUGCGCACAGACAUCUCAGCACCAUUUCUUUGCUGCGGUGAAGAAGUGACCGGAAGUGUGAGCUAGUUUCUAACAGAAUUAGCGAUUUCUUCCAGUUUUCUUGAUUUAUUUUAUUGUUAAUUGAGGCCAACACCACCAGAGCCUAGAGAGGACACAAGUCUGCCCGAGAACCCAUGGGUUCUCGGGAGCUGCGGCUCCUGACCGCCGAUAAUGAGGCGUGGCUUCGUCGACCUGAGAAUGCGGGUCAGACUAUUCUUCGUGAGCGACUGAGAUUGCGCACAAGAGGAGCUCCAUACCAAACUGGACCACCCCCGAGCAGGCCACGGGACCGGAGGAGGCAGGCCAUAGAGGCGCUACCUAGGAGGAAAAUACCCCCUGGAGAGACCCAGACCUGCCCCAUCUGCCUGGCUGACUAUGACAGCGGUGAGGAAGUGACAGUACUCCCAUGCAGCCAUAUGUUCCAUCACCUGUGUAUCGGCCAAUGGCUUCGAACAAACGACAGAUGUCCGAUGUGCCGGGGGCGUUGUAUUCAUCUGAGGACUUAAAUAUCUAAAAGCCUCUGCUCCUCCCCCUCCCCCUUUCCCCACCCCUCCCCCAUCUUCCUUCCCAACC